CAAAGAUAUAAAGGUCUGGCUCUGUAUUCACAGUUCAUUCCUGCUGCCGACCGUUCAGUUCACACCUUGCUGUUCCCUCAACAGUCUGCGCCAUGAAGUCCUUUGUCUUUGGUCUGCUGGUCCUCUGCUUUACAGGUAGCCUGGCUCGCUUUGCCUUGUCUCCGAAAAAAAGCGACAAAAUGCCUGCGAUGACAUGCAGCUGAUGCAGUGCAUCUUACCGAUUGUCGAAUUCUCAAACCCAUUCAGCGGCAACCAACUGGAAGAACUGAGUGAUGCCGCAACCAUUGAACAGACUUGUUCACUGCUGGCUGGCUCUAAGGGCUGUAUCAACAACUACAUCAGUGGCUGCUACCCAUCAGAAGCUGCAGGCAUGACCAUUCAGACUAUGGAAAAUGUCUUGAGCUACAUCUGCAGUCCAGAGGGCAAGGAUGCUCUGCUGACCGAGUCCAAAUGUAUUGCCAACGUCGACUUCGAGAGGUCCAUGCAGCACUGCUCAUCUCUCAUGGAGGUUGAGUUACAGCAGGCAUUCAUGCAGUCUCAGGGCGGUCCACAAGACGUUUGUAGGCCAAUCGAGAAUUUCUCGGUUUGUGUGGGAGAGAGAGUGAGGGCGGACUGCAGCGACAAGGCUGUCAACUUCGUGCGAAACCUCGUCUCUCGCCUGACUAUUCCAAUUAAAAACAUGAUGGGAUGCAGCAGCCAGGCCAGACUCGUCCGUGACCUCGUCACACUCAUCGCUCGACGAAAGUGAAGACAACGGUGACAACAGGGAGGCGGGGACUCAUAGCAGCUUCCUAUGCUCCAGCUGUUGUCGACGUGUCACAAAGUGUAUGGCAGGUGUGACUAGGUGUUACCCUGGUAUCUCUGCAGUCUGAGGGUACCAGAAAAUAGGAUAAGGGGAUAAUUUUGUACACAGGAUACAAAAUACUGCAGACUACACUGUUCCUGCUAACUACUUCUAUAGGAUAAUAACUCUUUGCAAAAGCAUUUUACUUUAGAUUUUUCUAGAUUGAAAUAAACUCAAUAUUGCAAAGAAAA